ACGACCGUGGGCUGGCGCUGUGGGCUUCAGACACCAUUGAACUUAACAGAACGGCGCCCUCUGACCUAGGAGGAGGUUACCGCGGCGUGUACCUGGGGAAGCUGAGGCAGGGCUCCUCCACCUCCCCCUCCUCCUACUCUCGCGGCGGAACGGUGGAGAAAGGAUACUCGCUGCUACCAAACAAGUAUGGCGUGGGAGGCGGGGGCGGCGGGGGGCUGGGCAGCGCGAGGGGGGGCGAGAGGUCCGCCAGCCGUUCCCCGUCACUGCCCCGCCGCAUCAACGCCCUGGCGCCCAUAGAGCAAGGAGACUUGGUGAUGACGCGCGCCGCCACCAGGAGCGUCAUCCCGCCCCUCUCCGCCGUGUCCCGACGCUCCUUCGGCCACGACCUCCGCGCCCCGCCACACCCCCAAGACUUUGACGAGGAGGACGAUGCCAAGUCAGAUUACUACGAUGACGAUGAAGGGGAGGAGGAAGUAAGUGAUGGAGAAGAGGAAGAGGUGGUGGAGGAGGAGGAGGACAUGGAUGGCCAAGUGUCGCGGCCCAAGAGUUCGGCCACGACGCGGGACAGCGGCAUAUCCGUUUUCUCCGGCGCCAACGACGGCGAGGCGCCCGCAGAGAACGGAAAGGUGGGCGGCAAGGAGUCCCGGGGGCCGGCCACGGUAGGGAGGAGGGCCAGGGGCCAAUACACCCCAAAGGGCCCCCUGUCCACCUCAUCUCCACGCCUCUCCUCCUCCUCCUCCACCCUGUCUUCCGGCGACGAGCGUGGAAGGUCGUCGUAUGAUGGGGUACCGGUAGGAGGCAGGAGGAAAGGGGACGUCACUUCGCCCUCCCGCCGCUCCUUGCCCAACGAUGCUCUGCUCGGGGUGAUGGGCAAAGGGAUCCCCGGAGGGCGGUCUCGCAUCACGCCUCCCAAAGACAAAGAGUUCCGCAACUUUGACUACGAGAGCGACUUUGAGACGGACGAGGAGGACAUCAAGCUCGCCAACACGACCCUCACCAAGAUGAAGCUGUUGAGGAAGAAGCAGGACGGCAUGAAGGAGAUCGAGCGCCGCCGCCUGGACAGGGACACGCGGCGGGCCCAGGAGGAGCGUGUCAGGAAGUACCGCCAGCUGGAACUCCAACACAGCCAGAACUCUCUCCAGCCCUCCAGUGCCGAGAGCGGGGACUCCAAGCUGGCCGUCCAGUCCAACCUGAGCUACAAGGGCCGAGACUCCCAUCUCCGCCGCAGUCCUCGCCGCAGCUUGCGACACAGCCCCUCCCCCAGCCCCACACCUCUUGCCAGGAUACCCACUAGCAAGAGUUACAAUGCCAACCUCAGCAGGAAGUUCAGCAAGGCCCCUGAGAAGAGACAUCGCUCACUGGAGAGGAACGUCAACCGCCAAGUGAAUGGUGUUAACCCUCGGGAGACCUUCAGCCGGACGCCACAGCUAGUGAAGCGCGGCCAGCCCCCGAUGAGCUUUGGUGGUGGUGGAGGUGAAGGUGAUGGUGGUGGUGGUGGCAGGCAGCUGAGCAGCAAUUAUGGCACCACCACAGCCAACAAGCGUUAUGGCAAACAGACGCCAGACAGAACUCCAGAUUACCCAACACCCCCAAUGACCUCUUCAGGACUAAGGAUAGCAAAGCCUGCAUCCUCAUGUUUCAAGAGGCACCUAGAGCCCUUUGCAAGCCCUCCUGAUGCUCUCAGGAAUGCCAUUGAACGCCUCAGCUCAAAUGACUGGGAGAGUCAGGUGGAAGGCAUUGAGAUGUUGGUGCGUCUGUGCCAACACCACCCAGACAUGUUGCUGGGCAGCCUGCGCAGCAUCAACAUGUCCCUCAUGAAGCAGGCCAAGAACCUGCGCUCACAGGUGUCCCGGGCGGCAAUUCAAGCCUUCACCUGCUUUUAUGACAAGCUCAAACGCAACAUGGAGGGCGACUCAGAAAAGAUUACAGCCAUCCUCCUGAACAGAACGGUGGACACCAACAAGUUCCUGCAACUGGACAGCCACCACGCCUUGGAUGCCAUGGUGGAGAACAUUACUCCCUCCAAAGCCAUCCCUGCCAUCAUUCAGGAAGGGCUCAAUCACAGAAACCCAGCAGUGAGGACCACAGUGGCGCGGCUGCUGGCCUACCAGGUGGAGAGGCUUGGGCCAAGUCGAGUGUUGUCUGGGCAGAAAGACAUUACUGACCGCAUACUUGUUGCCACGGCCAAGCUGGCACAGGAAGGGAGUCUGGAAACAAGGCAGCAUGCUAAGCAAGUAUUUCAGCAACUGAUUCGACAAGGUCAGUUUGAUGCCGUCCUCAAGAAGCAUGUGUCACCAAAUGACAUUAAAAACAUACAGAAGAUUCUCGAUAACCUAUCAAAUGAGGGGCGUCCCGUCCAUGAGUCGGCACGUUUCAAGUUUGCAUCUGGUUCCCGGUACACCAGAACCAUGUGAGCAGCCUCCUCACCCACAUCAUGCAGUGUUCAUCAUGCAUUUUGUACUGCUAAGCCCAAGACUUUUCUGCAUUUCAUUCAAUUUGAAGUAAAGGAGAUAUAUUGUAUAUAGACUGUAACUGAAACUGUGCUGAAAUAAUAGUGAACAGAACCAUUAUGAUAUAAAUUUGAUGGUGCCUGAUGGUACUGGGGAAAAGUGUUUAGAUCAGCUUCAGUACAGAGUAGCUGGCUAGUCUCAUCUACACACUCUCACAGUGGUUUCUAACCUGUGUGAUGCUGCGCAGCUGUGUUCCCUACGGUCACUUGCUAACAUGUGAUAUGAUCCCCCAUCAUGACCUCAUAUCCCAGGAAGACUUAAAUUUGAGCUCCUUGUCAUUUUUACCAGGAACUUAAUUGGUCUAAGGGAGUACUUUGUCCAAUAGAAAAUUAAAUCUAAGAAAUAAUUUUCCUGUAUUGUUUGAGUAAGCAGAUUCACUUAAAAUGCCUUUUCAAUGUAAUUGUUAUGAGAGUUUUUACUCACCUGAGCUCUUGUCCUUCCUCUUAAAACUUUUAACACCCUCAUUAGCAGUAAUGUUGCUCAGGUUGAGAACCACUGAACAUAAGGUUGUGUCAGUGACCUUUGCCUUACAGAAUGCCACCAGCCUUAGCAGGUCACACACACACACACACACACACACACACACACACAAAUGUCAUGUUAUGGAAAUGGGUAAAAGUGAAACAAGACCAAUCUGGAUAUACAAAAUGGGAAAUGGUGAAACAUUAAAAAAAGUGCAUGAAGAGAGAGACCUGGGAGUAGUGAUGAGGGAUGAUAAUCAACCAGAGAGUCAUAUAAAUCGGAUCUUUAGAGACACAUAUAACUUGGUGAGAAAUAUUGGAGUAGCAUUUAGCUACAUGGACAAGGACAUGAUGAGAAGGCUAAUCACUACCAUGAUUAGACCAAAAUUAGAAUAUGCAGAGGUAGUGUGGUCCCCCCAUAAGAAGAAGCAUAUAAAGAAACUAGAAAGAAUACAGAGGAUGGCAUCAAAAAUGGUCCCAGAGUUGGAGGGAUUAAUAUACGAGGAAAGAUUAAAGGAAAUGAACUUAACAACACUGGAACAAAGAAGAGAAAGGGGAGACCUAAUCCAAAUUUAUAAAUUAUUAAACAAA